AUGGCGGACGCAGCUCUGAAGCCCGAAAAGGACUUCAGCAGGGAAGCUGACACACAGAUCGCCGAAGCAGAGAAGCUCGCCAAGAAUGAUAUCCAAGCAGCUAUUGAGAAGCUGACUAUAUUCGAGAAGCAAACUCGCCAGGCUUCCGACCUUGCAUCCACAUCCAGAACUCUCGUCGCCAUAUGUACGAUCUGCAAAGAUGCCGGCAACUGGAGUUUACUCAAUGACCAGGUCUUGAUCUUCUCCAAGAAACAUGGCCAGCUCAAGCAGGCUAUCACCAAGAUGGUCCAGACCGUCAUGUCCUUCCUCGAUGCUACCCCGAACCUGGACACCAAGCUUACUGUCAUUGAGACGCUACGCACCGUAACCGAGGGCAAGAUUUUUGUCGAGGUUGAGCGCGCUCGCGUGACCAGGAUCCUGUCUGACAUCAAGAAGCAACAAGGCGACCUCAAGUCCGCCAUGGACAUUCUCUGCGAAUUGCAGGUCGAAACCUUCGGAUCGAUGGAGAGACGUGAGAAGACCGAAUUCAUACUUGCCCAAGUCGCACUAUGUAUCGAAAACGGCGACUGGACCCAGGCUAGUAUUCUUAGCCGCAAGAUCAGCACCCGAUAUUUGUCGCGGAAGCCCAAGAAGACGCCAGAGCAGAUCGAGAAAGAGAAGAAGGUUCGGGAAGAGAAGCUGAAGCGCGGCGAAGAAGUACCUCCCGAGCAAGAGGAUGAUACUACCGACUUGAAGCUGGCCUACUAUGAACAGCAGAUUACUUUGGCGAAGCACGAUGACAAAUAUCUCGAUGCUUGCAAACACUACCGACAAGUGUUAGACACCGAAGCCGUCGAGGAAGACCCUUCAAAACUACAACCUGUCCUGCAACGUAUCAUCUACUUCGUUAUCCUUGCCCCUCACGACAACGAACAACACGAUCUUCUCCAGCGCGUCUUCCGCGACGCACGGAAUUCUCAGAUCCCUAUCGACGCAUCAUUGCUUAAGCUAUUCACGGUGCACGAACUUAUGCGAUGGCCUGAGGUCGCCAAGCAAUACGGCCCGCAUCUAUGCGGGACUGACAUUUUUGAUGAACAUCCGAAUCAAUCCAAAGACGAAAAGGCCCACCAGCGAUGGCAGGACCUGCGCAAGCGCGUCAUCGAACACAACGUUAGAGUUGUCGCCAAGUACUACACUCGCAUUGGCAUGAAGCGCCUUACCCAGCUACUUGACUUGACGGAGGAUGAGACGGAGAAGUACAUCAGUGAGCUGGUAUGCUCUAAGACGGUCUUCGCUCGUAUCGACCGACCGGCACGCAUAGUCAGCUUCGCCAAGCCUAGAGACGUUGAUGACAUCCUCAACGAGUGGAGCCACAAUAUGAAGAGUCUGCUCGGUCUGUUGGAACGCGUGGAUCACCUGAUCACGAAGGAGGAGAUGAUGGCCAGAAUCCAACCGGGCGCAAAGGAAGGCAAGGAGAAGAAAGGCAAGAAGAAGGCGUAA